CAAACUCCACCUCACACGACGAUAGCUUCUAGUCCAGGACACUGAACACUGAACAAUAAUAUAACAUGCUUGAUUUUUUUUUCCGCUGAAUUAACAUUAACAUGAUUGAAAUUUGAAUAUUUUGUUUUGAUUCAUUGGAGAUUUGAUUUUUGAAUUUCUGUGGCUCGUUAAUUUAUUAACGGCAAUAAAUAUUAUUACUACUACCUUAUAGUAAAAUGAAUUGUGUGUAUAUUUUGUCUUUAAUACCAUAUUUACCCUCCAAUUUUUCCAACUAUUAUCCUUCUCUUCCACGCCGCACGCCAAUUGUCACUCAUUCAGCGCGAUUCCGCCGGAGAACGCGUCGGAAUCCGCCGGAAAUGGAAAUCUCCGGCACUGUUCCGAGCUCGGGGUCCUCUUUCCGACUCAGCAGCGAUGAUGGCGACCCUUUGUUAGGUUCUCGUAUCGGAGCUGGAACAGAUGAUGGUGAUGCUUUAACAACGGAAACAGAUCCAGAGGUUUCGUCCUCUAGUAGAAUUGCUGCCAGAAAGAACAAAUAUCGUACGAGCAGCAUCAAAUUGUUUGGGGUAGAAUUAUCCCCUGAUAAUGUUGCUGUUGCGAUGGUGUAUUUUGUUCAAGGUGUUUUAGGGCUUGCAAGACUGGCUGUGAACUUUUACUUAAAAGAUGAUUUGCAUUUGGACCCUGCUGAGGCAGCUGUGCUUUCUGGUUUUUCUGCAUUGCCGUGGCUUGUCAAACCUCUUUACGGGUUUAUUAGUGAUUCUGUCCCGCUCUUUGGUUAUCGAAGAAGAUCGUACCUAGUUUUGUCAGGGCUGCUUGGUGCGCUCUCAUGGAGUUUGAUGGCUACUUUUGUUGACAACAAGUAUAGUGCUGGUUUUUGCAUACUUCUUGGAUCUCUCUCUGUUGCCUUUUCGGAUGUUGUUGUAGAUUCAAUGGUUGUGGAGAGGGCACGUGGUGAGUCACAAAGCACCUCAGGAUCUCUUCAGUCUUUAUGUUGGGGUUCUUCGGCCUUUGGUGGAAUUGUGAGCUCCUACUUCAGUGGAUCUUUGUUGGAUGCAUAUGGAGUAAGGUUUGUUUUUGGUGUCACAUCAUUGCUUCCGUUGAUAACAUCUGUAGUUGCCGUUCUUGUAAAAGAACAACCUAUGAUUGGUACAGCAAGAGGGCUAAAUCUUCUUUUUUCCGGGCCAGAGUUUUUGGAAAGUUCAAAACAGCGCAUUAUUCAGCUGUGGGGUUCUGUACGACAGCGUAGUGUUUUUCUUCCUACUUUGUUUAUUUUCUUGUGGCAAGCAACCCCGCAGUCUGACUCUGCUAUGUUCUACUUUACCACAAAUUCUCUUGGUUUUACUCCUGAGUUUUUGGGACGUGUCAAGCUUGUUACCUCAAUUGCGUCUCUGCUUGGUGUUGGUCUUUAUAAUGGAUUUCUGAAGAAUGUGCCUUUACGAAAAGUAUUUUUUGCAACUACACUUUUAGGUUCAACGCUUGGGAUGACUCAGGUUUUCCUCGUUACUGGACUAAACCGGAAGUUUGGCAUUAGUGAUGAGUGGUUUGCAAUUGGUGAUUCAUUAAUUCUCACUGUUUUGAGUCAGGCUUCUUUCAUGCCUGUUCUUGUGCUAGCAGCAAGAUUAUGUCCUGAAGGAAUGGAGGCAACUCUUUUUGCAACUCUCAUGUCUGUAUCUAAUGGAGGGAGUGUUGUUGGGGGAUUGUUAGGGGCGGGCUUGACUCAACUAUUUGGAAUUACCAAGGACAGAUUUGAUAACUUAGCAGCUUUGAUAAUCCUUUGCAAUCUUAGCUCAUUAUUGCCUCUGCCUCUUCUUGGCCUUCUCCCUGGGGACAAUCCUGAUAUGAAUGAGGAGGACAAUUCCGAUAUUGAGAUGAAAUGUAAUUGAUUUUGGUUGUUUGCCCCUGGCUUUUCGUGGACUUGUCUGUCUUUGUCAAGCUAUACCCAAGUUUUGCUCUCAUUGCUUGCAAAUCUAACAGACAUCACUUACACAUGCAGAAAAUUUUGUAUAUAUGUAGUAUGAUGCUAAAGUUGCUACCAAGGCCUUAUUUUAUCAUGACAUCCAGUUCACUUCAAAACUAAAACGGACUGAUUUUAUGGAGAAAGAACCUUGUGCACAAUAUGCUCUGGAGUAACUCAAGACAGUGCUAACUUAUCGAUGACAGAAUAUCAGUCUCGGCAGAACUCAGAACUAUCACAGGUUCUUUUGUAACGUACUUUCUCCUUUUUGUUUAAUCAUGUACCUCUUUACUUCUUUGCAAGAACUCGGGCUUUGUACUUAUUAGCCAAUAAUUGUCAUUUGGCAAUGGGAACCGAGUUUUAGGCCUCGGACGUGUUUGUAUAAGCUAUUGUCAUUGGCAAUUUCCUAUAUCAGACAACAGGCAAUUUGUUUUUCUUGUUUCUUUCUUAUCUUCUAGUGGAGGGAAGAUUCACUGGGUCCAUGUACUUCAUAAGGUCAAGUAAUUAUCCCUAGUGCUUAUGCUCAACAUCUCAUCUAUGGUAAAAUGGAGGAUUUAUGCCAUUUUAUAUAUUCUAAAUAUUAAAUCA